AUGGGGGAUUUUGGUGUGGAUCUAGCGCCUGAGGCGGCAACAACUUCACUAGAAACACCAGAACUGCUCGUGUCCAGCGAGGAUAUUCAAGUUCUCGUGACGGGCUUUGGGCCUUUCAAGACAAACCCUCUUAAUCCCUCCUUCCUCAUCGCUUCAUGUCUACCGUCAACAAUAACAACGUCAUCCUCAUUGUCUCUGGUUCCUCGAAACAUUCGAAUACACGUCCAUCCAACUCCGAUCCGCGUGUCAUAUUCAGCGGUACGGAUAGCAGUUCCAUCUAUCCUUGAGUCGUUUAAACGUGCACACCAUGGAAAAUUGCCGGAUUUAAUCGUCCAUAUCGGCAUGGCGUCGACACGACAUUACUACUCUGCGGAAACUGCCGCGCACCGCGAUGGAUACCAGGUAACUGAUGUAGACGGACAAGUGGGCUACGAAGAUGGAGAACUGGUUUGGAAGCGGGAGGGCUUGCCUAAGAUUCUCCAGCCAGGUCCUGCUGCGACUGAGAUAUCUUGUAUCGCCUCACCCAGUACGCCUGCUGCGGCUACAGGGCUGUCGGAUUCGAAAUUUCCAAUUUCUGUCCAUCCUUUCCGGCCUGACUCGAAGCUGUUGGAGACCUGGCGAUCUUUCGCCCCGCCUGAAGCCGAUGUACGGAUAUCUGAAGACGCUGGGAGAUAUCUUUGUGAAUUUAUCUACUAUGCCAGCCUAGCAUACCUAUACAAAGAAGGUCUUGUGCGAAACGCGAUAUUCUUCCAUGUGCCUGGUUGGACCGAUGACGCGAGUGUAGAAAGCGGCAGAGACAUUCUUAUUGGUUUAAUCAAGGCUUUGGUUUCUUGCUGGAUCGAUCAAGAGCCGAAAUAA